CAGUGUUUGGUGCCGAGGCUAGCGACUGCUCAGUUUGUGCUCACCGACCUCAAGAAAUGGCAAAGAAAGCGGAGGACUUCGGGGAUUUAUGGCUGUGAUAACGUUAAACAAACCAAUUUCCAAACUUCAUCCUUGAUCUGGAUCUGUGUCAGCCAUGUCGUCACGUGUGUUGCUGCGGCAGCAGCUUAUGCGAGAACAAGCUCAGGAGCAGGAGAGACGUGAAGCCCAGCAGCAGGCCUCUGCUUCUCAGCUCCGAGCCUCUGACUCCACUCCAGCUAUCUCUGUCACUAUGCCUCCAAAUGCUGCCCGCCCGCCUCCAGCACAGGUGCCCGUGGAGGUGCUGAAAGUGCAGACCCAUUUGGAGAACCCCACCAAGUACCACAUCCAGCAGGCACAGAGGCAGCAGGUGAAGCAGUACCUCUCCACCACUCUGGGGAACAAGGCGGUCACUCAGACGAUGGGUGUGUCCCCAGUGCCACAGUCCAGUUCUGCCCCUGAAGUGGCCCCCACUGCCAGCAGUGCCCCUAACAGUCCUAUGGCUCUGCUUAACAUCGGCUCCAACAAGGAGGAAAUUGAUGACGUGAUUGACGACAUCAUUAGUCUUGAAUCCAGUUUUAAUGACGACAUCAUUACGUUGAUCGACUCAGGUCUUCAGUUGCCAAGCACGCUCCCGGGAAAUCUGUUGGAUGUCUACCAUAGCCCUGGAAUGGCAGCACCUACUCUUACCGUCAGCAACUCCUGCCCUGCUGAUCUUCCAAAAAUUAAAAGGGAAAUUACUGAUGCAGAUGCCAAAGCACUAAUGAAAGAAAGGCAGAAGAAGGACAACCAUAACCUCAUUGAGAGGAGGCGGAGAUUCAACAUUAAUGAUCGCAUAAAGGAGCUGGGUACUCUGAUACCAAAGUCAAGUGACCCGGAGAUGCGUUGGAAUAAAGGCACCAUUCUGAAAGCUUCUGUCGACUACAUCAGGAAGUUACAGAAGGAGCAGCAGAGAGCCAAGGACGUCGAGAUGCGACAGAAAAAGCUGGAGCAAGCAAACCACAGUCUAAUGUUACGCAUCCAGGAACUGGAAAUGCAGGCACGGCUCCACGGCCUCUCCACCCCCACCAGCAUGUCCUCUGGUCUGAGCUCCGACCCCUCCCUGCUCCAGCAGCAGGCAGUCCCACAGAGCGGCCAGCCUCUACCUCCCAACGCAGGAGGAGCCUCCUCCCACAACCUCCUCAGUUUGGGAGCCAUUGGACAGCCUUUGCCUGCCUCCUUCCUGUCCCCGCCCUCCUCGGACUCUCCCGCAGGAGUCACCAUCAGCAGCCCGUUGGACCUGGGCAGCCUGACCUUUGCCGAGCUGGACGACACCUCGGCCUCGGCGCUCUACCCCGACGUGGGUUUGGGGGACAUUCUUAUGGACGAGGGGUGCGCCCUGUCGCCUGAGAGGGUGGCCGAGCCGCUGUUUUCUCCUUUGUCACCAGGUGCCUCUAAAACCAGCAGUCGCAGGAGCAGCCUUGAAAUGGACGAGGACUUGUGAUGAGCUCUGUGCGGUCAGAGACUGUCUGUGGGGAACGAGAAUGUCAGGAAGCGCAGUCUAUCCUUAAAUAACAGGUCUAUUUAUAGGACUGUAGAGCUGAACUUAAAAAGGUAAAAAUAGUUAAGAACAAAACUAACAAACGUCACAUCAGAAGACGAUAAGUUCUUGAUUUUUUUUUUUUUUUUUUGCCAUACAGACCUGAUUAUCGUUGUUCCUGUUUGGAGCCGGUCAGAUAAUUAUGUCUGGGUUUAUAGAUGCAAUCUUAUUAAAACUGAAUAUUGUAUAUUAGAGGCAUGGACCUAGCAUUAAAUAAUACAUUCUUAAAUAGAUUUCUUCAGAGAUUUAAGAGGGAUAUUAAUGUUUGCUUGAAUUUAUUAUAUGCUUAUAUUAUUUGUAGGGGAGAAAGCUGUGAGGUUUCUUUAUCGUGACAACAUUGGCAUAACAAACUUAUCAUGAGAUGCCAACAUACAGUGUUUAGUUUUUUUUUGUUUUUGUUUCGUCAACUGACUGGAAUCAGGGUUUGUUAAUAGCAGCUCAUGCUCAUCCGUGUCGGGUUGUUUCACCAGCAGCUACAGAAGGGAUCUUUGUAAAGUGAAUUGGCACAUUGUGAAAUAUUUACUGCAUAUUGUAUAUAAGAGAAUUUUAUUUUGAGCAAUUUUAUUGCACCUUAUUUUAUGGCAGUCUAUGCAUUUUAUGAAAGCUUUCGUCUGUUUUUAUUACUAUUACACACAGUGGACAGCUAAUGCCCAGGUCGCAUGUAUUUGUAAUAAACCUUAAAAAGCAGUGGAAAAUCACUUGCUGCUGCAGCUAGUUAGCCAAAGCAGGAAUUCUUCCAGCGUAGCUACAAGUUACAAAUCAGCGUUUUAUUUUUGAAUAUAUUCACUCAGUCAAUGGAAAUGCAAGACCAUGUGAGAAAUGCAGAACAAUUUUAUCCUUUUACAAUAGUACUGUUGUUCAUUACAUAUUUUUUUGAUACCUGAUAGUUUGAUAAGUAGUUUCACCUGACUAAUAUCUGUGUUGUCAGUGAUUGUUUGUCUCCAGUAACUUUGGUGAUCACUGGGUGAUUUUACCGGUUAGCAUGUUCUACUAAGAUUGUGUUUGUUUUUUUCUGGUUUCUAUUUUUUAUUUUUUUUGGGAUGAUCAAAAGUGAUAUAUCUUAUAAUUCAUUCAGAACUUACAGGUACUUUGCGCUUUUGAGCUAAAAGUAGCCCCACUCCAUGGCUAAAUGUUGCUCACUGUGUUGUUCCUAGCUCGGUAAAACUAAGUACCAAUGGUCAGCUUUUUCUGCUCACAAGUAACUGCUCUCCACAAUAUUAACCAUGUCUUACCCAGACAUAUAUACGAGUGCUAACAUUGACUGUUAACCAUAAACAAUAACAUGACUGUCCUGUCCCUACAAGUUGGCUUUCAGAAGAUUUUAACAAAUAAAUGAUUCACAUUGA